GUGAAACGAAGACCAUCCUGAGACUCACCGCUGCGCACUGGAUGCUUACGUGCUCACGACACAUGCGUAGUUGUAUAUAUAGGAUACAUGGCAGAAGUUUCAGUAUUAGUGGACACAUAAGGGCGAGCCCCGCGGCCGCGACAGCUGUCGGAAAGUCUGGACUGUAGGCAGCACAGAUGGGAGAAUAGCUCAAAUGGAGCGCUAUUCUUACAUUGGAACUAUCAGCAGUGGCGCAUAUGGAGUGGUAUACAAGUGCAUCGACUCGGCGUCCGGGGGCUUUGUCGCGGCCAAGGGAAUCCGCUCCGCCCACACCGACACAGAGGUGAUGCGACUGACCCUUCGUGAAGUCAAGGUGUUGAAGCUGCUUCCUCCGCACGCAAACAUCGUUCACCUCUUGGAGGCAUUCCGGAGCAAGAGCGGCAGGGUGUAUCUGAUUUUCGAUUAUGUUGAGCGGAGCUUGUACCAGGAGCUAGACCGGCACCCGAAUGGCGCGCUGCCGCCACCCAUGGUCAAGAGCAUUGCGUGGCAGCUGCUGCACGCGCUGGCGCACUGCCAUGAGCACAAGGUGGUGCACCGCGACAUCAAACCUGCAAACGUGCUGCUCACGGGCUACACGGCGGGAGGGGGCAGUGGCGGCGUGGCCAAGCUAUGCGACUUUGGCUUUGCACGCCUGGUGCGGAAUGCGCCUGUUCCGCCGGGAGCUGCGGCCGCAGCGGCCGCCACGGCGCGGGCGGACGGCGUGUUGGACGCGCACUCGCGGCUGAGCAGCUACGUGAUGACUCGCUGGUACCGGCCGCCCGAGGUGCUGCUGGGCGACCCCACGUACGGCACACCCAUUGACAUCUGGUCUCUGGGCUGCACACUGGCUGAGCUGGCCACCGGGCGGCCGCUGUUCCCGGGCUCCAACACGCUGGACCAGCUGUGGCGCAUCAUGCGCUGCCUGGGCCCACUGCCGCCGCACCACAUGGCGCGCGUCCAGCUGGACCGCCGCCUGGCGCCGCUGGCCAGCCCGCCGCCGCGCAGCCGCAGCCUGCAGCAGCGCCUGCCGGAGGUGCCGCCCGACCUGCUGCAGCUGCUGGCGGCCUGCCUAGAGCUGGACCCGCGCCGCCGCCCCACAGCCCGGAAGCUGCUGCAGGCGCCCUACUUCCACGACCUGCCGCACCUGCUUGCCGGCACGGACCUGGCACGCCAUCUGCCUUAUGCCGCUGCCGCUGCCCCCGUUCACAUCACCUGCACCAUCAACGGCAACACCGCGGCGCAUGUGGCGCGCUCGGCACCUGCGGGCGAGGCUGUGCCUGCAACCUCAGAUUUGCUUGAUGCCAAAGGCGUGCACACUGCGCAUAAGCUGGCUCCGCCAGAGUUGGAGAAUGCUGCCGGGGCAGGCCAGCGGAAGUCUGAAGGCUGUGUGGAUAGCCUGGCGCACGCUUCCUACGCGCCUGCCAGCGUAGCGUCCAACCUCACUUCACAAUCGGCCGCAGCAGGGGCUGGCCCCGAGGCAGCCACCGGCACACCCACAAGCGCAGAUGCAGCCACAGGUGUGGCUAAGGCUGAGGCUGAUGCAUCCGCAGUUCUGCUGGACGCUACGGCAGAAGCGCCUCCAGCAGCUACAUGCAUGCCGCAGCAGUAUGCGGCUGAGCUGUGCGCCGGCAGCGGCGCUCUCGCUGCGGGCUUGCAGCUGCAGCCGCGCUCCCGUGGAUCCCUGCAGCCUGCGGGGGGCGCAUGCACACCCACAGCCACUGAGGGCGAGCGUGCGGCCGCCAGUGGCAUCGGUGGCACGCACGCGGACGCCGCGGCGGUGCCAGCCGUGGAAGCUGGCACCGAGACCAGUGCUGGCGCUAGCCUUUCGGACUCGGCUCAUUCGGUAUGCCAUCCCGGCAUAGCCUGCAGCAGUGCAGUCCCCGUAACUGCCCAGGAGCAGGAGGAUCCGGCGUUAGUGACAUGCGCGUCCACUCCUCGUGCCUCCGACACCGCCAUGGAGCCUGCCGUCCGCAGCACUAUGGUUGGGCCGGUUGUACCUCUACCGCCAGGCACCACCGCUGCUGCUGCGCUGGCUGCUGCUGCUGCCAGGGGUGACAUAAUAAUGCGGCGGGUGUGCGAUGCGGCGGAGGGCGUGUCAAUGAUGACCCCCUUUGCUGCAACGGCCGCUGUGGGUGUGCAGAAACAAGAGAUGACGCCUGCUGCUGACCAGCUGGUUGCGGCGGGCCACAACACCACCGGCGGUGGCGCCCUGCUGGCGGCUGGGCACCCACUGGACCCCUUGCAUGCGGUGCCGCCUGGCCCAGCACUGAUGGCGUCGGCACGACUUGCCAACAGGACAGCUGCCAGCGAUGGCGGCGCCGCGGUCGGUGCUUUCAUUGCGGGCCUGCCGCCCAAACCAGCUGCUGCUGCCGGAGGCACCGCUGCGGUACCGCUGCUCUGGGGCCCGCAGUGGCGGCGCGGUGGCACGGACCUCAGCGGCGGCAGCUACGGCUUUGACAUCGGCAUCACCGGAACGGGCACGAUGACUGGCCCUGGCGUGGAUAGCAGUGGAUGCAACAUUCAGUUGGAGCGUCAGACGACACCGCCGCAUGAGGCUGGCGGGCUGCGACAGGUGCACGCGCUGGUCGGCACCCUGGAAGACCCGACCGCAGCCGGUUCGGCGACAUCGGGCCUAACAGGCCUAGUCGCCGCCCCCGCUGCAGCCGCUGCGCUUGAUGAUGUGCGGCCGCGUGGCCCCGCAGCCUCCCAGACUGCAGCCGGCCCGGGGGGUCGCACAAGCACAGAUGCCAUCGGCAUCUGCAGCACAUCGCCGCCAGGACCAGCAGCGCAGCAGUUUGGGAGCUGCAGAAGGCCUGUCGCCGUUGGCUCCACCGCAGGCCACAAUGGCGGGGUAGGCGCCGCCGCGAAGAAGCCACUGCGUGCAAUUGUUCAUCGCGUUCGGAGCUACCUCCGCAGCGGCGCCAGCAGCAGCGUCACGGACGACCCGCACUGCCACGCCUGCAGCACAUCAGCUGCCUCGCCUUUUGGCAGCCCGCCCGGCGGCACCGUGUGUGCAAGUGUUGGGCAGCACUACGGCGGCAUCGCAGCAGGGAGGCGCCACUCAGCAGCCGGCACGCCGCUGGGCGCCCGCACCAGUGUUGGCGUCUUUCACCAACACCGGGACAAGACUGCAGGAGGACCGGCCACACAGGAGUCUUCGAGCACGCAGCAAUCCCUGGCAAUGGGCUCGCCCACACUGUCGGAGUGCGGCGGCACCUGCACCACAGCCCUCCGUGACCUGCCGUGUGCUGUGAGCCCCACGGGCGCACCAGCCAUGUCGCCCACGGACUUGUCGCGGGCGCCGCACGUCCGGCGUCCCGCUGAUGUCGAGGGCGCGGCGACUCUCCUGUCCACACUGAGCUCAGGCAAUGUGGAGCUUCAAUUGGUUGCCGGCUCGUCGCCGCAGCAGGCGGCGGGCCCAGCAGCCCGGGGCUCUUGUGCCGGCGCCUAUACCAGCCCGUCCGUUGGCAGUACACACAAUCCUGCAUGCGCCAGCAUGCAGCCGCAUUGCACUCAUGAACUCCACAGUGGGUUCCAUAGCGGCAGCAGCCUAGUUACCUGCCGGCGCAACAACCAGGACGCGAGCCACGGUUUCCCGAAGGGAGGCGACCAUGUUGCAGCCGACUUCACGGACCGCACGGACAGGCGUGACGUGAGGAACACCACCGAUGGCGACGGGUACACGCACACGGCGCGCUGGUUCUCACGCCAUGGCAGUGCAAGCACGUCCAAUCUUGCCGGAAUGAACCCCGCUGCAGGACCCGCCGUCUUGACAGCAGCAGCGGCUGCUGCGGUCAACACCACUGCCGUGACCCCCGUAUCCAGCAGCGGCCGCAGCAGUGCCAACCGCACCUCCCCCUCAGCGCUCAGUCGGCUGACUCAGGCGCUCACCUCAAUGCACCACAGCCGCCAGCAUCAUCAACAGGCAGCACCGGCAGCACCAGCACCAGCAGCAGGGCGCUACACCUCUGGCGGCGGUGGCAGCAAGACCACAUUACGUCAGCCCCCAGGACGCUCGUACACCUUUGCCGCUCCUGCCGGCACGUCGCCAGCAGUUGCCAUGGCCGCAGCCGUUGCUGCUGCGGGCGCAGCCUUGCCUGCCAUGGGGUCAUCGAGCGGUCCAGCAGUCGGGCGGGGUGGAGGCGGCUCGCCACUCGGCAUGGCAGCUCCGGGGACCAUGUUCCCAGCGGCAGCUACGCAGACCACAUCCAUGUCCAUCUCCCAGCUGCUCUCAGGGAGCGCGCUGGAAGGCGCAGAGGCUGUGGGGCGCCCUGCCCCAAGCCCGGGCAGUAUGUACGAUAGCCCUGAAAGCGGUGCAGUUGUCCUCAGGUGCCACACCAACCAAGGCGCGCCACCACCCGCUCAAGCGGCGCCUCAGGCUGCUGCAAACGCUACUACACGUAGCGAUAGCGGCGGCUCAUGCCUACCGGCUCUGUGUGAGGCCGCAGAACACGGGACGAGAGACUCCGGCGCAGCCGCCCACGACCCAGCAGACAGUUUGCAAGGCAUGGCGCCUGCAGCAGCGGUGCCACAAGCGCAAGCGCAUGACGCGGCUCUAUGCCGCCGCAGCAGCGGCAGUGCAGGCGUUGCUGGGGUGCGAACUAGCAGUAGCGGCGGCCUGCCGCCACACCCAGGGCGCAGUCGCAGCCGCCUGAGCCACGUCAACAGCCCGCUGCUGCCAGACAGCAGUGUGGCUCAACUCCCGGCAUCGCGGAGGACCCCGCAGGUCAUUGGAGGCGUGGUGGCCGGUGCGACUGUGGCAGCAAGUGGGGCUCCUGAACACAGUAGUGCUGCGGCCUGCGACCACGCCGCAAGGGCGCCCCCGAGCAGCAGCUUGCACGCCACCCCUGCUAGCCCGCCCCGGUGCCCGCAGUACGCGUUUGCCUUCAUCAAAACCGCUCCCAACUUACAGCCCAGGGCCAACGGCGUGUCGACUGGGUACGGCUUCAUGGAGAGCUGCAGUGGCGGCACGACGCCGGGUGCUUCCGCUGGUUCCCCGGGGUCUGUGCGCCCAAGCGGCGGUGCACGGGAUCCCAACAGCUGCGGCAGAAUGCACGUGCCACAGCAGGCAGGCGACAUGCCCACAGGCAGCGGCGCGGCCUGUGGGCUCGGAUUUGGCAUACAAUCAAGCACGCAGGGCUCGCUGCUAUUCAAUACCAUCGGUGGGGGCACUCCGUCCGCGACGCCCUCUCUGGAUGCCACGAAGCUGCUGGCGGCGGCCCUGGAGCCCAGCGGCGUAGCAAAUGCCACGGGCACAGACGCAACCAAUGGCAACCCUGCCGAGGAGAGGAGCGGCAACAACAAGGCACCCGCGUCGCUGCUCGCCGCCGACUCAGCGAUGCAGCGGCCGCCGGUGGCGAGCGGCACAGUGCUCACGUCUGGCACGCUGAGGGAGCUAGUGGCGACAGCGGGGGCUGCGGGCACGCCGCGACCUGGCAGCACCGAUGACGCCGCCUUUCAUCUGCCCGCAGCACUGGGCCAUGGUGCGGCGCGUCGUGGGCCAGGAGGUAGCAGGGUGCAGGCAGCAGCUAGCCCGGGGCUGGGUCCGUGGGGCAGCUCGACCGGCUGCGCUGGCAUCGGGGCAUUCUUCUACUCAGCACUGGCCACGCAGGCCUUCGUACAGCCACCCAUAUCAGAGGCCGUUGAAAUGGAUCCGGAGACUGAGACUGGGAGCGUGCCGCCCAGCAACCAGCGCUGUCUCGCCGGCGCCGCAUCAGCCGCGGAAGGUGCUGGCGAGGGAGGUGGAAACGGCCUGGCAAUUGGAGCAGCCACUAAGGCGGGCGCUAGCCCCGCUGUGCAAGGAGCACGGCGACGAUGUCUCUCGCAGGAGUAUUGCAGUGGCCUGGUGGAAGCACCAAAUGGACAGGAUGAGGAUGGAUCAAGCAGAAGAUUUCGACGGCAUUCUUGGAAGAAUUUCAAGCAGAAGAUGGGGGCUCUUAAGAAGCGCCUGCGGCAGCUGUUAAUGACAUAGGAUAGGCCAGAGGCGAGUGUCUGUGGGGUAUCCGAGGAGACUGGGUGUUACCGGAGGGAACGCAGCAACGCAUGGUUUUUGCGGUGCAUAUUACGGCCUGCAUGGAACAGAGCAAUGCUGCAGCUGUCUGUGACUGGGAAGGAAGGGGUGCGAGGGAUAGGCAGUACUGUGUGAAGAUGUUUUGCGCUGUAUGUGAGAAGGGGACAAGGUUAAUUGCAGGGCUGGCUUCAUUCUAUUUCAUCAUUGCCUUGACCCUGCACCCCAUGUGUACCGGAGAUGAAGAACAUGUAUGGGUGAUUGGCGUGACACCGGAACGUAUAUGGCGGCUUGCUGAGUUGCUGUCCAUGCAAGACAGACAGGGGGGGGUGUACUGCAAUUCCAUGAUUCCCAGAACGAGACCCUGGAACCAUAUGGCGCCGAAACGUCCCAGAAGGACCGUAUGGCGUUACGGAUACGGUAGAACAGGGUAGAACGGACGCGGUUGGGAAUGGGCUGACAUAAUGGCACUGGGCUCCUAUCUUAAUGUCUCCAGACAUUAAUUGGCCAUUUUGGCCGUUUCCUAGACAUUCCUCCCGGGGACUAACGUCUGAGGCAAGACAUUGUACGCCCGGUUUUGGGGCGGGUUUUGUCCCAAUUCCUAUGGAGAAGCCCCCAAACCGCCAUGUGCCCAGACAAAAGACGGCGGCCACCCGGCCGUUUUUGUCUGAGCCUAGACAUUGCCCUGAAAACAAGAUACGACCCCUGAUGGCACAGUUGGGACAUACGGUACGUUUCUUGCAGUACUGCAGCAUGGCUGACCGCGGCUGAGGACAGCUGAGCACGGUUGCGACCUGCCCUGGCCGCGAAGUAAAAUGUUCGAUGUCUAGUGCUGAUGUGUUUCACGUCAAUAAUGUGUUACAUGGUUUCCAGAAAGUGUGGCCUAUAACGAGAUUAACCGAGCCGCAAGGGCUCCUCGUCUCUCCUGUUAGCGUCAUUGUGAGCUUCGUAAACACGCAAGGCAGAAUAUCUCAACCUCAGAAGCUUGUUACGUCUAGGGUCUGGUGUGCCGCGGGUACCGAGCAGACGAACACAGAUAGCGCAGGUCCAGGAUAGUCUUCGAGCUACUAGUACACCCAGCAGGGCCCUUGUGGCCAGACAAUUAGCGCAUUGAACUUUGCGGAUAGCAAAGUGAGGUGUGACAGGUGUUGUCGCGGGAUUGAUCUAGAAGCGCCGAGCGCCGUCUAGAACAGUCUGGAAAGUGCAGGCACCGGUAGCUAGAUCGAAGUUGCUGGAAGGGUCGAUCUAGAUCGAAGUUGCUGGAAGAGUGAUCUAGAUCAUAGAACGUUCUGUACGACAGCGUGUACGACGCAAUGGGGCUAGGGUACGACGCAAUGGGGCUAGGACGGUAGUACUUAAGCCGCGGUGCCUGUUGUCUCAGUCAUAGCGCCGGGUGCUAGCCUGACGUGACAUUCCAGGUAGCCUUCCCCAGGCAAUCAAAGGACUUACGGCCAUAGCGCCGGGUGCUAGCCUGACGUAACAUUCCAGGUAGCCAUUCCCAGGCAACAUCUAUCACUGAGGGCACCAGACGUGACAUUCCUGGUAGCCGCUCCCUAACCAAACACUUACGCACCAGUGGAUGGUCUUUCCCACUGCGCUGCUACUGUAACGGUAUACGGU